AUGCGGUGCGUACCGGGUGUCAUUCCGUACGCCAUAGGCAGCCGGUCUUACGAGCGAGCCGCGCAGUUCGCCAAGGAGGUCGGCAUGGCUGACGACGCCGCGAUUUACGGCAGCUACGCUGAGCGGAUCCAGAAGCCCGUGUCGCUGAAUGUGGACGACCUGAAUACCAUGAUCGCAGCCGUCGAUUCGGCGGGGGUUCAGAUCAUGGACGGCACGAUGUGGAUGCACAACCCACGGGCAGCCGAAAUGAAAGCGGCCAUGCAGGACAGCAAAUCCUUCGGGCAGCUCAUGCGCGUGACGUCAAAUUUCUUCUUCCCGGGAUCAGAGGAAUUCAUGAAGAGAGACAUUCGGCUGAAGAAGGAUUUAGACGGAUUGGGGUGUUUGGGAGACAUAGGGUGGUACUGCAUCCGAGCGGCACUCUGGGCUGCAGAUAUCGAGCCUCCAUACAAAGUGCUUGGUCUCCCUGAUCCCAAGGUUAACGAAGAAGGCGUUUUGAUUCGCUGCGGUGGUUACCUGUGCUGGCGAAACGGGUUAACUGCUCUGUUCCAGUGCGGAUUUGAUUCUCCUAGUUCUCAGCGCCUUGAGUUUGCAGGCUCCCUCGCUACAAUCACACUCGAGGAUUUCACCAUCCCCUUCCAAGAGAAUAAGGUCGAGUUUGUGAUUGAAAAGGGUUCCAGGUGGCCAAAUUCAGAUCUAGUGGUGGAAUCAACGGUGGAGAGAAGGGAAGUUGUGCUGACGUGGACGCAGGAGGCAAUGAUGAUUGCUGAGCUGGCACGGAUUGUGAGGGGGGUGAGAGGGGGGGGAGGGAAGUCGGCAUUGGAUCGGAAAUGGGUGGAUAUGAUGGUGCUGACACAGCGGGUGGUGUGUGCCGUGCAUGACUCCAUUGUGCAGGGAGGGGUGCCAGUGCUUAUAGAGCAGGGUCAGGAGCAAGGUCAGGAGAAAGGUCAGUAG